CUUUGACUUUCAAGUGUUUCGAGGUUAUGUCGAAGAAAGUAUGAUGGAAACUUUACUGUGACUAUGUUGGUUUACUUUAAACAAAACCAUUUUCUAAAGAGGUUGAGACCUGUGACAGAAUGAACCGGAAGAGUGCGACAACACCAUGUUCAGGGAAUGACUUCCAAAGAAGAAGAGGUCUCCGCAGUGUAUGGCUCGAUAUUCCCUAGACGCUUGAGGAGUGGCACACCUUUGGGAGAACAUCGUUUCUCUAAGUCUGCAGAGACAAUGUCGGAAAAAUCGACGAUACUACACAGUAAAAAAGAUGUAGAUGUAAAAGCAUGCAAGUGUACAUCUGAAUGCAAAGCUUGCAGCCAUCAAAAAUCACUCGAAGUUAGGGAAAAGGUCAAUGAUAUAGAAAAUUGUAAUGUAGGGUCCAAACUCAAAUCGCCCGCACCACGUCCUCAGAAAACGACGAAGACGAUCCCAGGCAGAGACAAUCAAAGUAAAGAAAAUGAAAAGUGCAGUGUUGCUGAUGGCGGCACGUUAUCAAAACGGAGAACUUUGACACGCACGACAGUACCGGGACUUGCUAAAAAAAUCCAGCAAAGACAAUUCUUUACAGCACGAGAAAGGAAAUAGUGAUCAUACACCUCAAGAUUUCAGACAUAGGUCUGUGUCGUUCCUCGAGUCUUCAAACAGUGUGGUCAAGGAAAACGCCAAGAAAAGGUCUCAUAAAAUUCUCGAAACUUCUCUCAAACCGUCUCCUACAAAACCUAUGUGCAGUCCGGCAGUCGACGUGGAAGCUGCAAACACGCAUCAUCAAGAGAUAAUUGACAAAGAAAGUACUUCCAGACGACCUUCGACCUGCAAGAGUCUUGAAAUGCCAGACGACUAUUGGGUUAUGAGGAAAACUCUACCUGCAAAAAGAUAGGCAAACUCCCACAUCCCUUAAUGCAAAGACGACAAAAAUUUCUGAUUCUUGCAGCCAGCGAUCCCUCCGACUUCCAUCAAAAAGAUCCACGCAGAAGAAUGUGAAGGUGGAUGUCUUGCAGGAAGUCAGGGUCCGGUCCUCGCCGCAUGUCGGCAGGCAGGCGAACACGGGACCGCAGCGUGUUGACAAACAGCAAAGCCAAGACAGCGUUAGUCCUGGGUCCAGUUCUGAUGGUAUGAAUCCAGGCACCAAAACAUCCUGUUCAAAAGGAACUAGGAGUUCUCGCGAGCAAACCCACGGACAAAGGUACAAUGGAAGUUAUGAACUUCCUGAUCUGCAGUUUUCUGGACAUAACGUUCCGGAUCUCACGACUACAGAAAAGAUGAAUCUUGCCGGGCAUGAACCUGCGCAUCCCCGGGACGAGCCGGUGCUAGAAGAAAGCACGUUACCCCCGGUGGCAAACACGGUGGAGCUUCUAACUGAACCUCGCUCGUGUCACGACCAUGAACAAAACGAAGACAGCGAGGACGACGAUAACAACAGCAAAGGUCGCCUCAUCGACAGUCCAGCAUGUUACUGCCAGGAGUCGGGUGGCUGUGAGGUGGAGAAGGAGCAGGACAGCCCCGGUCCUCCUUUGCUGGAGCCCAUCAUUGUCUUCAAAAGGGAUCCUGAAAGUGAGCUGGAGGAGCCGGGGUCGCUGGACAUCGGCCAGCAGCCUGUGGACGAAGGAAGGGUGCGUCAGCCAGAACUUGCACCGGAGGAAUGAAGAGAGAGAACUGGUCGGCGAGAACGGGAAGAAAGGAUUUUCGAAGCCACGGUCUGGGGUGGCUAACGGGGAUCGAGCUGCCGAACGGAUCUGCGAACUGGGGAGCUUUACAGCUGACUACGUUGAUGGGAAAAGGGAUUGUGCUGAAACAGGAACGUGCUCCAGGCAGGACGACAACGGGUCUCGGCGGCGAAGAAAAGGCAGGCCGAGCAGAAGAGCAAAGACGGAUCCUCGCUGGCUGUCAGAGGCCAGUUUGUCUCCUCGAGAGGACGAAGGCCAGAGAACAGGAAACGUGUACAGAGAUAAGGCUAGCUUGCAGCUCCUUGCAUCAAGAGACAGGCCGUCGAAAGAUCAAACUGCACGGAAAAGCACGGGCAAGCGGCAAGGAGAGGCAAGCAAUGGAUCUGGACGGCGAAACCGCAAGGUGGUGGACCUGGAAUCGCUGUGGGCCAACCCUGAACUGGACACCCACGCAUUUCUGCUGUGGGCAAGCGAGAACCGUCAUGGCAUGCAGAAGCGACAUCCAGACGCCUCCAGCGGCGAGGUUGAACACUUGCUGGCCAGCGAGUGGACCGAGGUGACCUUCUCCGGCAAAGUUCAUUUCCUGUGCAGGGCGAGGGACGCCGGCACCGAUCAGGAUAAGCACGCCUUCCGGAAAAAGAAAGCCCCAUUUGAGAAGAAGAACGCUUCAGACCCCGAGGGCAAUUCCGUGUACGAGCAGUUCCUAAUCCUGCCCUUGGAGCGGCAACGCGAACUGUUGCGGAAGUGGAUGAAGUUCUUCCAGAAGAUGCUGCCGCGCCUGGAGUACCAGGAAUUCAUCAAUGAUUUCAAGAAGGCCUGCAAGAGCCUGCAGCUGCGGCCUGUGUCCGCCCGCCGCAAGAACGCGCGUCUGCGCAACCUGGACCCCACGCACUACAAGAUGCUCUUUGAGAAGAUCCGCGAAGCGCGGCCCCGCGUCAUCAGCAUCUACAACAAGCGGAAGGCAAGGGAGGAUACUGUGCUGUGGCAGAGCUUUCACGCCCUCGUCAGGCGCCUCGUGUUGGGCCAGUCCUGGCCUUUCUUGCGUGGCUGUCGUUCAAAGGUCCUGGGAGAGCUGCUGAAGGACAUUCAGCAACUAGAGGUGGAGGAAGCGCUCGCCCAGAUCGACCCUCCCUUUUCCCUCACCGCCUCUGAAGUCCACGACGUGCUGGGGCAGACUCCUACAGGUCCCUCGACACCCUCCCCAGCCGCCAGCGCCCCGCUGCCGGGGGGCAACGACUUGUUUGAUGAUGUCAGAAUGUUGCCGACCAGCGGCCCUGAGACCGAGGGCUCCAGCAUGGUGCCAAGGGAAGCCACUCCGGUGUCAGGGGCAGGCCACUAUUCCCCUGUGCGGAGCUUCAUCCAAGCCCCAGGUAGCAGCCGCGAGCCGUCUGGCCCUGCAGGAGAUGCCGAGCUGCCGGACAACGCCUUCGUGCUGGGCUUGCUGGACGGAUUGCAGCACGCAGCAGACCUGCCGGUGCUGGACCAGCGCAGCCUGGACACCGUCUUCCUCGGUCCGCCGCCUCGCGUCCGGAUGACCGUCCACACCCGCGACACUCAGCUGCAGCACUCGGCCGCCUAUCGUCGCACCCUGCUGUACAAGCACAUCCAACCUCUUGUGGACACCCACAGCCUCUCCCACGCCCUGCCCUCCUUGUAUCACGGACACCCUCCGCGAUUCUUUUUCCAGGAGGACAGAUAGUGGGCAGAUGACUUUGUGUCAGGGAGGACUGGACUAGUCGAAUGAACGGAAAUGACGCACGAGGCAUGCUUUUGCUUCCCAUGUGCCAGGCCAGAUCGUGAAACGAGAUUUCUCCUGCCACCCCAAUCUCGUUCCACCAUCCAACUCUUUGUCUCGCGGCACUUCCACGGCUUCCCGAAAGAGUGCAAUGUUUGAAAUUGAGCAGGCGAGAGGAAAUAAGCAGUGGUUUAUUGGCAUACUGCUCUUUGUUUGCAAAGGAUAGCCGUCAGGUUGGCUGAAUUUAAAGAAUUUUCUGGAAACAGCUGAAAGAAAAGCGAAUCAGUUUAUUAGCGUGAAUAAAAGUGAGUACUUGACUCUAACCUUCAAACACAUUUAACCAAAUUUUUAGACUAGUAUGUUAAAAUACAGUAGAACAUCUCGAUAAAUAUUUUUUUUAAUCUAAAGUAAUGUAAACCAAAAUUCAACAAAAUCUCGGAAUAUCAUAAAUAAUUUCGCUGUUUGUAAACAAACACUUCUUUGUGCA